GGGGCUAUGGGGAGCGUGCGCUGGGCCUUCCCCUGCGCCGCCUGGCGCCCCUGCCGCGAGGAGUGGCUGCUGGCGGCGCGGCUGGUGCAGCCCGAGGAGAAGGACCGCAUCGGCCAGUUUGUCUUUGCCCGCGAUGCCAAAGCCGCCUUGGCUGGUCGCCUGCUGAUACGGAAAUUAAUUGCAGAAAAGUUGUGCAUACCUUGGAAUGAAAUACAAUUGCAAAGGACGUCAAAAGGAAAACCUUUCCUGGCAAAUAACGUAUUCAGUAUCUAUUCGAAUUACAACUUCAAUGUCUCUCAUCAAGGAGAUUAUGCAGUUCUUGCAGCUGAGCCUGAGCUUCAAGUUGGCAUUGAUGUUAUGAAGACUAAUUUACCAGGUAAUAGCUCAAUUCCAAAUUUCUUUCGCAUCAUGAAGCGACAGUUUACUGAAACAGAGUGGGGUGUAAUCAAGUCUAUGAGUAAUGAAUGGAUGCAGCUGGAUAUGUUUCAUCGGCACUGGGCCUUAAAGGAAAGCUUCUUAAAGGCUGUUGGAGUCGGAAUUGGCUUUAACUUGCAAAGAAUUGAAUUUAAUGUGUCCCCUUUGCAACUGGAAGUAGGGAAGGUGUAUAAGGAGACAAAAAUGCUUCUGGAUGGAGAUAAAGAAGAAGAGUGGAUGUUUGAGGAAACCCGGUUAGAUGACCAUCAUCAUGUUGCAGUGGCUCUCGGGAAACAGGAGGGAUUUGGGCAGAAGCAUUCUGAUGUAUGUUCCAUGGAGCCUAAACAACCACAGUUUACAUUACUGACUUUUGAAGAUUUAGUUGCAUCUGGUAUUCCAGUCACACCUGAGGAUUCUGCAUAUUGGGAUAAUUUUUGUUCUAAGCAGGAGAGUCCAGUGAAACAGAAUUCACAUUCAAGAUAAGAAUGCUUAUAAGAAAAAGAAAAUUGUCAAAAUUGUUGUGCUGUUACUUUACAUAAUUCAAAGUGUAGGAAAAA